CCUCCUGGCAAAUGGAGGCCUACAUGGAGUAGGAAGUUGCGUAUGCGUCUAGGCAAAAUGAUGCGAGUCUUCCAAAUCCUUCACGUCUGCUUGUAUUAUUGGUUAAACUUCAGUGGGAUUUGCAAAUCAAAAGAGCGUGGUUAAUGCACAGUAGUCUUUAGGUCUAGCGCAUGUCGUGUUAUAGAACCAUAUCCGGUUGUGCUACCGUGCACUGCGGCCUCAUUCCGUGGCACAUAGCUCUGGACCAACUAGGCGACUUUAUAUGGGCUCUUACCUCGUGCUGCGCAUCGGGAGUCGAGUCUUCCCAAUCAACUACUUAGAAUACUGGCCAUGUCUCUUGAACGCGUCGAUUCGGUUGACCCUACGGAAGUGUACGACUACAUCAUCUGCGGUGGCGGCACAUCAGGCUGUGUAAUAGCAGGGCGUCUCGCCGAGGAUCUCAAUGCCAAAAUCCUCGUCCUAGAAGCCGGACCCGACAAUGCUGACCUUGAGAAUGUACAUAUGGCGGGAGGAUGGAGCCAGAAUUUCGACAAAGAAACAGAUUGGAACAUCGUCACGGAGCCCAUGCCCAAGGUCGACAACCGGCAAGUCAAGGUCAGCAGAGGGCGCUUCCUUGGUGGAUCGAGUGGCGUGAACGGCACGCUUUGUAUACGGGGCACGAAGCAGGACUAUGAUGACUGGGAGUUGGAUGAGUGGACUGGUGAUAAGAUGUUUGAGUAUAUGAAGAAGUCCGAGACAUUCCAUGAGAAGGACUGGCACAAAGCGGAUAUGUCAGUUCAUGGCUCGUCAGGACCCCUACACACCGAACCACACGACCUAGCACCCAUAUCUGAACGUGUUAGGGAAAGCCUUGUCGACCAGGGUCUUCCCUACCACGCAGACAUGUUCUCAACCGGAGAGACGCCGCAUGGUUGUGGCGAUGUACCGCGAACAGUGCAUCAAGGCAUACGGAGUACAGCUGCCGACUUUAUCACGAAGGGCUAUCGACGAGAGAAUAUCACGAUCAAGACUGAAGUGACUGUUGACAAGUUGCUCUUCAAUCAAGAUGCCGGAGAUCUCGCAGCAACAGGUGUCGCUACGAUAUCGAAGAAUGGCAAGAAGGUUGAUUAUCACGCGAGAAAAGAAGUCGUUGUCGCAGCGGGCGCAUACUGCAGCCCACCGAUCUUGAUGCGCUCCGGCCUCGGUCCAAAGGAACAACUAGAAAAACAUGGUAUCGAGUGUCGCGUUGAUCUGCCAGGUGUAGGUGGCAAUCUCAUGGACCACAUCCUCUGCUUCAUCUUCUACGAAGUCUCCGAACCCAACCUCACAAACGACCACCUCGCAUAUCACGACGACGCCAUGACCUCCACCUACGCGCUAUACAAAGAAAAGAAGACAGGCAUUCUAUCCACUUUCCCCUUCGGCAUAUUCGGCUACGCGCGCCUAGACGAGCGCCUCCAAGACUCACCUUUGUGGACAGAUGCUCCCCGUCAACCCGGACGCGAUCCUAUGGGCCUCACUCCCUCGCAACCAAACAUUGAAUUCUGGAACACCGAACUCUACGGCGGUCCCAAACAAUACGCUGACUUCCCUACUGAUCACAAACAAGCCUUCGCCAUGUGUGCACUACUCUUCAACCAGCAUAGCAGAGGUAGCGUGACGCUGAAGUCGGCCGAUCCCUUCGAAAACCCCAUUGUCGAUCAUGCGUAUCUGGAGGAUCCACUGGAUAUGCUGGUUAUGACCGAGGCAUGUCGAUUUGCGAAUGAAAUUGUUACGAAGGGAAAGGGGACAAGGGGUUUAAUCAAGGGAAGUUGGCCUGAUGCCCUCGCACAUCAUGGCUUCGAGACCAGAGAGGAGUGGGAGCCGCAUGUUAGGGAACAUGCCACGACUUGCUACCACGCAUCCGGUACCUGCGCGAUGGGUAAACCGGAUAACCCUAAUGCUGUUCUCGACUCGCGGCUUCGUGUGCGCGGUGUCAGAAAUCUACGCGUGGCGGACGUGUCUUCCAUUCCAAAGGUUAACAAUGGGCAUACACAGAUGGUGGCGUAUGGUAUUGGGGAGGGGGCUGCGGAGAUGAUCAAGGAGGAUGCUGGCAAUCACUUCUUAAAGCUUACUGCUGAUGUUAAGAGCAUGGCGGUGUAGUGAGCUUAGCGUACACGAAGAGGUCUGGGGAGAGAAAGGAUCCAUAAUGGCGAGGCCCUCGACGACAUCUAGUUAUCUAAUGAGUUCGUUUAUCUCCAAGUCGGCUUGCUCAUUAACUCAUGCAUUUUCGUGUUCGCAAUGUGCUCCGUCUCAAGCGUGUAGAGCUGACCCCUAGUAACCA